CACAUUUUUUCCUCUUUCAAUUAAUAGUGUUGUUCGUUGGUGAUUCAAAGAAGGUGUAUAAACAUCGUGUGCGGAAAAAAAUGAAAAAAAAGUAGCGAUAUUUACGAAUACGAACCUAGACUUUAAAUUCAAUGACAAUUUAAUCCGGUUACGGUAGUCAGUUUGCUAUCUGUUUUUAAAAGUUGACACGCGACUGCUCGUGCACCUAUUACAAAAAUUCAGUUUCGAAGGAGUAGCCUAUAAAUAAAAUCCGUGUACUCUCGAACACGGAGGCGCUGAGAAAUGCGACGAACAUGAGAAAAUACUCCAGAAUUCCGACUCAAUACGAGCUGUGAUGCAAAAUAAUGAAGACACCACUUGCGGUUUUUGGAUCUUCAAGGGUCCGUCUUUACAGAAAUUCGCUAAUAAGAAGGCAUAUGUAGUUUGUUUCGGCAUUUUGGGAUGUUUGUAUUCGGCCAGUUAUGCGUAUUUCAAUGGCAUUCUUUCGACUGUUGAAAAACGUUUUGGAAUUCCUAGCAAAGUAACUGGAAUUAUCACCGUUGGAAAUGACAUCAGUUCGAUAAUCGUAUCAACCUUAUUGACAUACUACGCCAGUCGAAAACAUCAACCGAGAUGGAUUGGCUUCGGAAUGUACACGAUUGUAUUAUUCUGUUUACUCUCAGCUUUUCCUCAUUUAUUAUUUGGGCCCGGAGAAGAUGCUUUAACGUUGACUUCGGAGUUCGGUGGCAGCAUGACAGAUAAUUUUACAGUUAAUGAAGAAAGAAAAAAAUUAUUAUGCGAUAAUAGCACGAAACAUUGCGAAACGGCGAAUGGAAAUUUUGUGGCACCCGUUAUAUUAUUUAUAGCUCAAUUCAUUAGCGGUCUAGGAGGUACAUUGUAUCAUACUUUAGGAGUAUCUUAUAUGGAUGAUAAUGUUAAACGUUCCAAGACUCCUUUGCUAUUGAGUUUUACCUAUUUCAUUAGAAGUUUGGGACCAGUUUUGGGAUAUUUCCUAUCGUCUGUUUGCUUGAAAUUUUACAUAGCUCCAGAUCUAACACCUUCAAUAGAUAACAAAGAUCCGAGAUGGUUAGGAGCUUGGUGGUUAGGUUGGAUUAUACUGGCAGUUUUAAUAUUCAUAUUUUCCACCCUAAUCACCAUGUUUCCGAAAACUCUACCGAAAACAGCAAUUAGGAAACAUAAGACAGCCUUUGCCCUGGGUAAAGAUCCGGUACAACCAACUGCCGAACUUCCAGCAUCAUUUUCUGAUAUGAUCACCACGUUCAAAAGAUUGUUCACAAAUUAUGUUUUAUUAUGUAACAAUCUCGCGGCCAUAUUUUACGUCCUCGGGGCAAUGCCCUUUUUCAUAUUUUUACCAAAGUAUAUGGAAAUCAUGUAUGCUCAAUCAGCAUCUUUUGCUAGUCUUACCACUGGAACUGUCGGUUUGGCGUUCACAUCGCUGGGUAUUUUACUCAGUGGAUUCAUCUUGAGCAAAUACAAACCUAAAGCUAGGAAAUGUGCUGCUUGGAAUGUAUUUGUAGGUGCUGUUAUGGUAGCCGGAGUUAUCACAUUUGCUUACCUAGAAUGUCCUAAUUUAACCAGUGAAAAGACGUUUUUCAACAUGAAAUCAGCCAAAAAUCUCACCUGUUUCAAAGACUGUAACUGCGAUUACGUCAAGUUUUCUCCCGUGUGUUCAGCUGACGGAAAAGUGAACUUUAUUAGCCCCUGUCAUGCCGGAUGUAAAGAAAAGAUUAAUGAAAAAACGUAUGGCCGAUGCAGUUGUGUUCAAAAUAUUACAAUGGAUGCUAGCAACUUAGAUGAAACGAUAGAUAGGCAAACUGUAAACUCUGGUACUUGUCCUGUUGACUGUAAAGCUGCAUUUACGCUGUUUCUUAUCGUAAUAUGUAUUAUUCAGUUUACCGGAGCUACUGGAAAAACUACAAAUUUCUUGGUGGCUGUGAGAUGUGUCGAAGAGAAAGAUAAACCAGUUGCAAUGGGAAUAGGAUUAACAAUGAUGAGCAUAGCAGCGUUCAUACCGUCUCCUAUUUUAUUUGGAUACAUCAUAGAUCGUAGCUGUAUAAAGUGGGGAAAGACGUGUACAGGGAAUAGCCAUUGCUGGCUUUAUAACAGUAAAUUACUCAGACGAACGAUGAACUUCACUUCAGCAAGUUUUAUUGCCAUAGGAGUUCUUUUUGACAUCGGAGUGUGGUACUUGGUCAAAGAUAUACAAAUUUUCGACGAAGAAAUACAAAUAAAACCUACAGAGAAGAAAUCAGCAGAAGAAAAACCAAAAAUUGAAAACAGAUAUUAAUCUCACCGUUCCAGUACUUUUUAGUUGUUUUUAUAACAAUAUUCAUUUGUGUUUUUCUAGUGUACCUACAUCUACAUAUAGUCAGUAUUAUUUUUUUUUUUACGUUGUAAUGUUUCGAUGGCAGAGAAUUACAGUUUAAACGAGAUGUAUUUAAAAAUCAAAA